AGGCACGAUAUCGUCAUAACAUCCGCUUUACCUAGAGGUUAUUUCCGUGUUUAUUAGGAUGUCUGCAGAAGUAAUAAUCAGUCAAUUUUAUAGAAAUAUGUAAAAUACGAAAAUGGCGUGGAAAAGCGAAGGUUUGUGCGAUGUUGCGCGUUUGUUUGCUAUGUCUUCGGCAGACCGUGUUCUUCCUCCAGCCUCUCUGCGUCUCCUUGUCCCUCCAGUGAGACUCAUGUCUGCCUUCGUGUGGCAGGUAGCGCAGCAGCUCAAAGUGAUGCAGUAUGACAAGCUGGCGGACUUCAUCAGUUUGGCAACAGAGAUGGUCCCAGAGCUGCUCAGUCCCACCCAGAAGGCUCAGCUCAUCCUGGGCCUGAGAGCAAGGCUGGUUCUUGAGCUGUGUCGAGGUGAUGGUGUAUCCAACCUGCAGAUGAUCCAGAGUCAACUAGAUAAAAUCCACACCUGCAGUGUUGAGCUGAGCUCUAAUCAGGAGAUGGCCAGUUCUGAUAUAUUGAAGACAUCAUACAGCAACUUUGCUAGCCUGGUUCAGAACAUUUUGAAUGUUCCUUUUGAGAAGGAGUUCUUUUUUCAGGAGGUUUUUCCUGCCAACUACGGCUCCAUCUAUAACCAAAGGAUCCAGCAGCUUGUGUCCGUCUUUCUGUCCAGACUUGAAGAGCUGCUGCCAGUACCAGACCUGCAGCAGACAGCAGCUUGGCUCAAUGAAACACAUGUAUCAGAAGAAAUUGGACUCCAUCUGUCUGAACCCUUCAGUUUGAAGACCCUGCUGCAUCAUCACAGGCAGACGGGGACUCUAAGUUCAGCACGGUCAAGCAGUGAGGACGAUGUCAUUUUGUCCACACUAGCCCUCCCUUCUCAAACUGUCGCAGAGAGGUUCACUGAGGCUUAUAGUCAGGAAGAUCAUGACGGUGAAGAACAAACACCAUCACUGGAGGGUUUAGAAGAAGAAUCAAGUCAAAGCUUUGAUGUCACGGCAAAUGAUUGGCUGCCAAAAAAGAAACCAGGUCCUUUCUCUUGUUUAUUCAUCUGCCCUCAGUGCUCAUUCACACAUCGCAUAAAGAGAAAAGUCCAGGAGCACAUCCAGAGUGAGCACCAGAUAACCGCUUCUAUUCACACAAACUUUUCUGGGAAAAAAGUCAGGAAGAAGAUACGUCAGAAUGCUGUGAAAAAUAAAGUAAAAGGUGACCCAGACAAACGGAGGAAAACCGAACCAAAAAGUGUGGCUAAAAACUGGGAAUGCAAGCAGAAAAAUGACAAUGUAGAAAAUAAGGAAAAGCGUAGAUGGAAAGAGCCCAAGCAGGAAGACAGAAGGUUUCUGAGCACGCGACCUGUGAACAAAAACUUCACAGAGAAAGAAACCAAAUGUCCGAUGUGUGAAAAGUUCUUUGAACAUCCAAAUCAAUUGAAGGCUCACAUGAAGCUCCACAGCUUCCCCUACCGCUGCAGCCAGUGCGAGAAAGGAUUCACCAGCCCAUCAGGCUUUUAUCAGCACCAGAGGCUUCAUAAGAGAGGACGAAUAUUCAUCUGUAACCAGUGCAACAAGGGAUUCCUGUGCAGGUAUUCACUCAAGCAGCAUGAACGCCUCCACAACGGUCCCACCAACUUGUGCAACAUCUGCGGGAAAUGGUUCAGCAAAGCUGGCAUCACGAGACACAUGCAGAUGCACAGAGGGGAGAAAAACUACCUCUGCACCACUUGCGGGAAAUCCUUCUUGUCUUCGGGCGAGCUGCUGCUGCACACUCGGUCUCACACGGGGGAGACGCCCUACACCUGCGUCCAGUGCGGGAAGGGUUUCUCCAGCAAAAGUCACCUAAAUGUCCACAUGCGCUCUCAUACAGGGGAGCGCCCAUACCUGUGCUCUGAAUGCCCCAAGCGUUUCCUUACGUUAAACUGCCUAAAGAGACACACACUCAGCCACAAUGGGGUGAAACCAUUCAAGUGUCCAAACUGCGAGAGAGAAUUCUCGCAGCAGGGGAAUCUGAAAAGACACCUUGCCACUCAUAAACCCCACAUGUAGUUUGCAGUUCUUAUUUUAUUGUCAGUCAAACAAGUUUAUUUCAAACUGGAAUUCCAGAAUGAACUACCUUCUGUACGAAGAAAUAAGUGUGGGAAGCAUUAACCAUGCAAUCGCUGGAAGUAUAAGCUUUGUUUUCUUCAGUGUAUUCAGCAGGCAUUAAAGUGCACUUGAGCAUAUGCUUACCAUCAGCGAUGUCAAUUUCAUUUUAGUUUCACACACCAUUACACUCGCUCACAUUGUAGUGUAGAAAAUCUGAUGAUGAAGCUUUCUGGGUGGAGUGCUGGUUAAAUAUGCAACACUUUCACUUUUCAGCUCUCUGUAAAACUAUUCUAACUUCAUCCCUGUUUAAGAAACCUGCAGCCUUCCCUUUGAGUUGAAUCCUAUGAAUGUUCUUGUGCCACUGAAUUUUUUUUGUCAUUCUUAUCAAAAAUGUAAUUAUCUUAAAAUUUGGGGGUUUUCUCAAAAUUUAGAUGUAUUCACUUGAACAAAGUUUCAACAACUUUAAAUUCUGACUUGUGGAAGGUGUUUUUUUUCAACAGGGAAACAAAAACUCUGUAGGACACAACCCGAAACGUCAGAGAAAACCGGUGCAAUCUACACAUCCGUUAGCGCCUGAGUGUCAUUUCAAGUUUCAGUUGUUUCUUUGGCAUUGUCUUACUGUGCGGGAUCACCUCACUGCUGCCAGGUGAAGUGAUUAACAUUUAUUUGUUACAAUGAAGAAGCCAGGAAAUGUCCUCCCAGCAUUCAUCUUAAAGUUUCUGCAAAUCAGGCACACCACCUCUCCCUCAAUGACACCUUCUGCAUUCAAACUUUGGAAAGAGCCAGGACUGAUCCACAGAGUCCUUUACAAACGUAGGCAUCUGGAAACUUAGAGUGAACACAUUUUCUUCCAAAGUUGGACAUGUUUAGAGAGCAGAGUUAGUCUAUUGAGGAACAUGUGAGGAUAGAAACCUGUGAAAAACACACACCACUGUAGGAAAUGCAAUUUAUUUGCAAUUUUUUAAUAACAUCAUUCCUCAGAUAAAAAUGCAAUGUUACAGGAAUAUACAUCAGAUAUUAAUUUAAAACUUGCUUUCAAGGGACCAUACAGUCUAAAUAUACUUUUUCCUUUUUUAUUUACUUGUAGCGUGCGUUAUAAGCAAGACAGACUCUGUCACCAAUGACAGACUGACAAGUUACAGAUACAAACUGUACAUUACUUAUUUACAAAUCAACUUUUUGUUUGGUUUUUUUCUUUCACUUUUUAUUGAAAAUAGGAGUAGAAAAAGUGAUUGAAUUAAUAUUCUGAUUUAUUUCAUUUGUAUUCUUUCCCUUUCUAAAAUCUAAAAUGAAAUGAAGGAGAAAAAAAAAAUCAAGAUCUCUCUUUUA